AUGGGACGGAAAUUAAGGUUUCUACUAAGUCUGAGGCUGAGUCGGGUUGUGAUCUGUGACAAGGAGCUCUCCGGUCUCCGUUUCUCCAUCUGUAAAGACAAGAACAGUAAGGAAUACGGAGCGCUUUAUAUUCAGGAAUACAAGAAAAACAGCAAAGUGGAGUCAAGUACAUGCAGCAGCUUCAUGGGCUUGAAGGAUCAUCUAGGGCGUGACUUAGGCCAUCUUUAUGUGGCGAGCACUGGCACACAAAUAAAUGCAAUUGUACCUUGGUCAAUGGCGGAGAAGCCGACGAUGGAUAAGGUUAAUUCUAGGAAAGAGGAUGUAGACAAGGAGGCAUCUGAGGAGACUUCGGGAAGCUCCAGCUGUGACUCUGAAGAAGGCACAAAUUCUGAUAAUGAUUCAGAGAGACUGAAUAAUUCUGCAUCAGAAUCACAUUUAUUGCCUAAGACUCACCGACAGCUGUGCCGAUCUCCUUGUUUAGAGCCUCAUAUACUAAAAAGAAAUGAAAUUUUGCAAGACUUUCGGAUAGAAGAGGCUCAGACAGUACCGAAGGAAGUCGAAAAGCCCUCUGAUGUGGUGAAAGAAUAUCAAACCAAACUGGAGUUUGCACUUAAGUUGGGUUACUCUGAAGAGCAGGUUCAACUUGUACUAAAUAAACUUGGUACUGAUGCUUUAAUAAAUGAUAUAUUGGGAGAACUUGUCAAACUUGGGAAUAAAACUGAGACUGAUCAGUCUGUAACUAAUGCUAACACUAGUGUAAUGCGUGAAACGUCUUCCAUAGAGUCUCAGAGGUCAGAAUCUCCACUGCAGGAGGAUGUGACAGAGGAUGGUGACAACCUGAGGCCAGUAGUUAUCGAUGGCAGCAAUGUUGCAAUGAGCCAUGGGAACAAAGAAGUCUUUUCUUGUCGAGGGAUCAAAUUGGCAGUAGAUUGGUUUUUGGAAAGAGGCCACAAGGAUGUCACCGUAUUCGUGCCAGCGUGGAGGAAAGAACAGUCGAGACCUGAUGCCCUUAUCACAGAUCAAGAAAUCUUGCGUAAAUUGGAAAAAGAGAAGAUUCUUGUAUUCACACCAUCCCGCCGAGUGCAAGGGAGAAGGGUGGUGUGCUACGAUGACCGAUUUAUAGUGAAGCUGGCCUUUGAGUCAGAUGGCAUCAUUGUUUCUAAUGAUAACUACAGGGAUCUAGCAAAUGAAAAGCCUGAGUGGAAGAAGUUCAUAGAUGAACGCUUGCUAAUGUAUUCGUUUGUUAAUGACAAAUUUAUGCCUCCUGAUGAUCCUCUUGGCCGCCAUGGCCCAAGUCUGGAUAAUUUUCUUAGGAAGAAGCCUAUUGUGCCAGAACACAAGAAGCAGCCGUGUCCAUAUGGGAAGAAAUGUACCUAUGGACACAAAUGCAAAUACUAUCACCCAGAAAGGGGAAAUCAGCCUCAGCGAUCUGUAGCUGACGAACUUCGUGCCAUGUCUAGAAGUACAGCUGCCAAAACUACAAGUGAAGGAGGACUGGUAAAAAGCAAUAGUGUUCCCUGUAGCACUAAGAAUGACGGCACUUCUGAGCUGAAGCGUGCCACUCCGAAGAGGCAAUCGGAUCCUAGUAUAAGGACUCAAGUCUAUCAAGACUUGGAGGAAAAGCUUCCCACCAAAAACAAAUUAGAAACCAGGUCUGUACCUUCAUUAGUUAGUAUACCAAGCUCCUCUGCUGCAAAACCCCAAAGUACUGCACCUUUAACCAACGGCCUUCCAUCUGGAGUUCAUUUUCCACCUCAGGAUCAAAGACCACAGGGACAGUAUCCUACAGUGAUGAUGGCAACCAAAAAUCACGGAACACCAAUGCCUUACGACCAGUAUCCAAAAUGCGAGUCUCCAGUGGAUGUAGGGUAUUACUCCAUGCUGAAUGCAUAUUCAAGUCUGAGUAUAUCUGGUCCACGCAGUCCUGAAAGGCGCUUCUCCUUGGACACAGAUUACAGGAUUAGCUCUGUAGCUUCUGACUGCAGUAGUGAAGGGAGCGUCAGCUGUGGCAGCAGUGAUUCCUAUGUGGGUUACAGCGAUCGCUCGUACAUGAGCUCUCCUGACCCGCAGCUGGAGGAGAACUUGAAGUGCCAACAUAUGCACCCGCAUGGCCGCCUUAACUCUCAGCCAUUCCUACAGAGCUACCACGAGCCCCUAACACGAGUGCAAAGUUACAGUCACGAAGAACCAAAGCAUCACCACAAACCUCCAAUUCCGUAUAUGGCUGUGCAUUUCCAGCAUCCAACCAUCGGUGCUCGUUCUAGUUGUCCAAAUGACUACUCUGCAUCUCAGAGUUCGUCGCACUCAAAGACCGUGCACAUGGGGAGAGCCCUUGUGUCCACGAGGAUAGAUAGCAUUUCAGACUCACGUUUGUACGAUAAUUCUCCGUUGAGACACAGAAAGCCUUUUGCUGGCCAAGAUGGGCUGGGAAGCUGGGACAGGCAGGGCUAUGGGAUGGAUGCCUACGGCUACCGUCAGACCUACUCUCUGCCCAGCAACCCCACACAGCCGUGUUACGAGCAGUUUGCCUUCCAAAGCUUACCGGAGCAGCAGGACCCGACGUGGCGUGUACCGUACUGUGGAAUCCCUCAAGACCCCCCGAGGCACCAAGACACCAGGGAGAAGGUGUACAUCAACCUGUGCAACAUCUUCCCCCCCGACCUCGUGAGGAUUGUCAUGAAGAAGAACCCUCACGUGACAGACGCUCAGCAGCUCGCCGCAGCCAUCUUAGUGGAGAAAUCUCAGCUAGGUUAUUGAGAUGAUGCAUCUUUGUGGUGUCCAGUAGUUUUCAGCUCAGCUCUAACGCUGAGGGAGGUUUGCUACAAUAGCAUUUGGGAUCUCCUUCUCAGCAAGGAGGUUAUAUAGUAAUCCAUUUAUGUGAAAUACUGUAAUACGGAGUCUGUAUGUAGAGCCCCAUGCAUCAGAGUACCCGAUAUGUUUUGUGUUCUAGUUUGAAAAUUUUUUAAAGGCUAUUUUCAUGUCUGGAGAAAGCUCCAGUUUAAAUUAAUAUAUAGAGAGAUAUAUAUACAAAAAUCUGUGGUCUCUGGUUAUAAUCUUUGGUGCAUCAGGGGUUUAUAUGCAGCACUUUCUAUCCUUGUUACAUGUUGUUGCGAUUUUGGGAUUUGUUUUUUAACUUGCUGGAUGUUCGUCCUGCACGGUGUUAAAACAACCUGCAGAGAGAGGGUUUUGCUACGUCCAGCAGACAAUUUUCAAGCCAAGUUUUUGAACUUUUUACAACACCGUGUUUGUUUGUUUGUGGGCUUUUUUGUGUGUGUGCUAUAAUCUAUUUAUAGGAAACAAAGAUUUACUACAGCACUGACUUUAUUUUUUAAACAGAUGAUUGAGUUACCACGAACGGUGAGAUGGGUAACCUUAUAUUAGUAAUUUAUAGCAUGGCACUUUUCACUGCUUCCUUUGUUUUGUUUAAAUAGUUACAUGUUCUGUUGAUGCAGUUGAUUGGUAAGAUCAAAUGCAAUCAGAGGAAAAUUACUUUUUUUUUUUUUCUUUUUUUUCUUUUUUUUUUUUUUUUACUAAUUUAUGGCUAAGGUGAAAGCCUUAUUGCUUGGUUUUCAAAGGUGCUGAGAAUUUGCAGCCCCUUUGAGCCCAGCAGAGACUGCCAACACUCGGUACCUCCAAGAAACAGGCCGCCUUGCUUCCAUCCCCACGUGCUGUUCCGGGUCAGUAGAAAGGGGCCUGACUUGCUAGGGUUCUGUUUAGAUGUUUCACGUGUCUUUCUUUGUAUUGCUGCACAAGUGUACCGGAUAAAAUACGUUUUUCAUAAAAUAUUUACCCGUUUUUAAAUGAAUUUAAUUAUCUCAAUGCAAGUUUUGUAUUUAAGACACUGUUUGAUUUUACUUGUUAUUUAUCAAGGCUGGCCUGGAAGGGUUUGUGUGUUGAGGAUAUGCAACAUUUAUUAACUGCACUAUGGUGACGAUAUUGUAGCUCAAAAGAACAAGUGAAACUUUUUGUCUUUGUGUUGCAGAUGGGAGGGAGGGCUGGGAAGAAGGGGCUGUGUGUGUUCCUGGCAUCAGUUCCUGGCCUGCUGCGUCGCGGAGCCAAUGCUUGCCACAGGUAGCGUAGUCUUAGCAGCAGACCGAGUGAGUCUGCUCUAGUACUAGUAAGGGAUAUUUCUGGUUUUAAGUCAUGGGUUUUACUAGCACCUCUAAGCUUUUAUAUAUAUAUACAUCUAUAUAUAUAAAAUAGAAAUAGAUUUUGCAAUUGAUGUCGGUUGUACUUACAUGACAUAGUCAGUUGCCUACAGUUUUAGGUUUCCCUCCAUUGUAACAUUUUUUCAGUGUUAACAAACCACUGGUUUACACAAUUACUGCUGAUCAUUUUGGUACACUUGCUGGAAUGUAAAGGCCCUGAAGAACCAGAAAGUACCUUUUACUGUUGAUACAAAUUGUAUCUUUUUAACUGAGAACUAUUUUGAUUUGUAGAUUUAGUAGAAACACAAACGUAUGGCUACAGGCUUUUGGGCAACAUUUUAUCUCUUAUUGAAAAAAUAGAGAUUUCAGAUGUAGAAUAGAUUUAGGCGAGUAAAAAUAGUUAUUUGUUGAGGUGUCUGUCUCAAUUUCACAUAUUUAAAAAAAAAAAAGAAAAGAAACUAAAGAAACUAUUGGCAUCUUCUUCCUCCUAAAAUCUUCAUAGUGUGAACUCACUAAAAUAAAGGUAAAAUGCUGCCUGAAAAUGAUGUCCAAGCACCUUUGAAUACGAAGACAUUUUCACUACUCGUGCGACACCGUGUGUGGCAGUGAGUAGGAUUUGGGUAUACAGUAAAUGCUUCUGAAGAGCAUUGUGCUUAUAGACAUAUCCAAUAAUCUGAACCGUGUUCAGCAAACUAUUUCAGGAAGUAGUGCUCCAGAUGGCUCUUACUGCUGAUUUGGUGUGGGACCUGCGUUUGCCUGUCCGUGGGACGGCGCAGGAGCUGUCUGUCCGGCUGUAGCCUUCCCCUCGCUUUGGUUGGUGGCUGCCUGCAGGCGUUGCUGGAGCGCAGGGGCUGACGUAGUGCUGAUGCUGAGGUUUGCAGAGGUCGGUGGGUCUCACCUGGGUUGCACACCUAAGAUUUUUUGAAUGGAAUGACACGUCAGUACUACACCAUAGUGUAGAUGCAGCUGUUUUAACAAUGCAGCUAUUGUACCUGUGUUUUUAAUGAGUUUCUAUGUUUAUUUAUUAUGUAGGGAUUUGCUUCUGCCAAAAGCUGAAUUCCUUGAACGCGAACAGCAACGUGUGUUUGUAGUAGAAGCGUUUCAUCUCCCCUGUCCCAUGAACAUCAGAACACCCUGUGCUGUGUGCCCAGGGCCCUCUGGCCUCCAGGCUUCACAUCGUACUGCUGAAGCCAACAGGAGACACGCUGUGGUGCCCGGAUCUCGGAUGCCUCCACAGAUUUAAUGCAGCACUGAACCCCUGCGAGUGUGUUGGUUGGUAGAAAAUUCCCAUUGUACGUUCUGUGCUUGGUGCCGAAGCACUAAAAACACUUUGAAAGUGUAAGAACAGGAGUUACGUGGUGAUUAUUGAUGUUGUGCAAUGAGGUGCUGGUUCCCUUUAGACGCUCUUACGUUGGGUGAACAAAAUGAGUGGGGGACAAACGGUAGGGCUUGGUUCUUCCUUUGUUGUAGUUGUGAGUAUUGGAGGAAGAGGGGCAGACCGAUCUGUACAGGGAGCAGUACCAGCAGUAUGUGGGGAGGAGUGGUACUGGGCAGGUGGUACUGCUGGCUACGGAAUUGCACUGAUGCAAACAGCUGGGCUUAAAUGGUAAGGGGUAUCUUGUCAAUAUUGUCUUCACUGCAAGCGCUGCAGUUACAGAGGAGAACCUUCAGGUUAGCUCCAUCCCACCACUUCCCUUCCCUCGGCAUCGAGAGCUGUUGGGGUGCUUCGCAGAAGCUGUGUGUGCAAGCAGGACCUGAGCCAUGAGAGCAGUUCUCUUGUCACAGUGUGCAGAUGCACCGUGUUUGGGUGCACGUCGAUGUCAGGCGUCCGCUCCGCUGUUCUCUAUGCAAGGGCUGUUGUCAGUAUUUAGAGUUCUUAAAUGCAUCCUGUGGGCACCUGACUUUGAGCUCGGGCUGCCCGGGAUGUGAUGGUAUUAAUCGCUACGAUGUCUUUCUACAAACACCUUUAAAUGUUUCAUUUUCAAUACCUUGCCCUUGCUUGCCAACUGCUGCUAAUGGCUGGACGUAAGACCACGUCCCUGCAGGAGCCGUGUUUUCUCUGCUAUGUCUGAACUAUAACUCGGUCCUCUGCUGCAAACUGCUGUGGGGAGAGCCGGCAGCGUGCUGCAUGCAUGCAGCACCCCAGAAAGGAGAGCCAGCCUGGUGACACCCGCGGCCUUUGGACUCUUGUUGAAUCAUCCCAUCUUCUGCUGGGAAAGUGGCAGCGAAUGGGAGCUGCCAUAAAGUACCAAACCUGUGUGUGCACACAGAGCACCUCACAGGGCCCGGGCACCACGGCAGGGUGAGGGGUGUGUGACGGGGCCGGGCUGGUGCUGCUGGCUGCAGCGUGGUACGAUGCUUUCCUGCUGUCUGGAGCAUUUAGAAAAUACCCAACUGACUUUGCAUUGCUACUGAAAAUUUAAAAUACUGUGCAAUUAAAAAGACCGUUUUUUUAAUAAAAAGUAAUGUAGAAAUUAUUUAUUUUGAUUUACAGUGUGACUCUUGCUAAUUUAUUUCUUGCUUUGAAGGCCACGGAGGAGUGUAUCUGUGAUUUAGUGUAGGAGCUUAAGCUGCUGAAAUGAAGGUAACAACAGAUUAAAGCUUAAAACGAAAUCCUGUGGCCUUGUUUUGUUGUUUUUUAUUGUUUGUUUGUUUUUACAAAAGGGCUGAGGUUUUAUAAGCGUCAAGUCAUGCCUUUUAUACACUCUGUAAAUUAUCAAGGGGGUAGGAUUUAAGAAUUUUCUUUGAACUUCAGUAUAUAUGUGCACACCGUUUAGACUCACCGUGUAACCAGUGUGAAAAUCGUCAGUGUGAGGUGGUUGUUCCAGCUGGCCUCGUGGUGGGGAACGGGAGGGACGUUCAGAUUCUGUGUGUGGAUGUUCCACAGCGCACUGCCCAUAGUCACAGCUAUCUUAAGGCUUCAUCAGGAGCUGGUGUCUCGCAGCCUGAUCCCACGUGCAGUGUCUCUACAUGCGUGGAUCAUACUGGUGUCUGUGUGUGAUGGGGUUUGCUUUGGUACAAGGCAGUGAGAUACAUGGGAGCUGUCGAUAAAGGCAUUGUUGGUACGUUGAGUUGUUCAUAGUUGGGAGCAUGCUGUAAAUCAUUCUCCACCUCCCAUUUCCAGGUCUUAAAGGCUUGGUGUAACUUACACUUGAACUGAUUGUUACUCUGUCUGUCCUUGCACCUCUAAAGGGGAAAUGACAGCAAUAGUUCUCUUCCCCUCUCAGAUCUAAUAGCCACAUGAGGAGCUGGAAGCAUGCAGAAACCAAAUCUAUUCCUUGGCAUCUCAGCACAUUCAUCCUCACUGUUUCACUGGUGUAACAGUCUACGCCUUCUAAAGGCAAACCUCUGUUUUUGUAGGAUGAAUUAUUUUGUUAUUCUUCAGUGAAGUCUGAUUUAAAAGGUUAGGUUGGCUGGUUGGUUGUUUCUUAUUUAUGUGAAUGACACUCUUAAUCAUUCUGGUAUUUAAGAAAUGUUGUGUCAGCACAUUAUGGAACAUUGUGCAAGGAAAUAGAAACACAGCUACGGCAGCAAUAAUUACGUUCAGCAGUUCCUUUUCCCUCAUUAUCCCUGUGCUUGUAUUGAGUAGGUGAAGUUUUCCACAAUUCUAAAGGCUGUUCUGGCAAAGCCAUUAGUUAAGAGUAGUGUUGGGACUAAUUGGUAAAGCAAUUGUCAAAUGCUCUUCGUUCCUUCACUGGUUGUUCUGUGUCAUUUCUGUGAUGUGACUACUCCCAUCCUAAAGCCACCAUCUAAACCAUUCCAAAAACAUGUAUCUGGAUUCUGCUUUUAGAGAAAAAAUAAAGAUUCGUUUUCCUCA